UUUCUUGACUUCGAUUAAUCUAUGAUAGGAAUUCCUUCUGAUAGCUUUUACUUCGGCAUCGUUGAAAAUUUGAAACUUAUUUAAAAUUUUAAAUUAUAUUAUGCCUUGUGUUGUCUAAAUGCUGCCGGAUCCAAAUUCAUACGUAGAUAAAAUUUCCUUCUGUACCGUAUUUGAUCACAUGACACUCGAAGGCCGCGAUAGUCAAACGUCCAUUUCCAGACUUAGGUGUGCAUCGCUUCUUUGUUUUGCCUGCUACACUGUUUUGCUGAUAUGUCAAAUCGGAGAAAAGUUGUUGUGCACUUGUAAAGCCAUCGCAGUUGGUAUCAGAGUAUUAAUGAAACAAAUAAUACAGUUUCCUCAAAAAACGCGGUUGAAGCCUGACGUUGUCGAGUCGUACCAUUUCCUUUCUGUAAGAUAUGUCCACGAGAAAAAGGGUAUCGUUUACAGAGGUUGGUGAGUGGAGUGGGGAAGAUGUAGAAAAUAUUAAUGAUGUUGAAUAUUUAGAUAAUCCUGAGACACCAUUGUUACCUCACAAUAAUACUAUGGCUCCGAAAGACAGGUACUCUGUGUCGUACUUUAUAUUUUAUCUUCUUGGACUCGGAAGCUUACUACCAUGGAAUUUCUUUAUCACUGCUAAUGAUUAUUGGAUGUACAAGCUUCGUGAUGUGAAUAAUACUGUGCCAGAGUCUGCAGUGACACCUUUGCCAAAUGAAUGGAAUAUUACUGUACCCUAUGAUUCUAAUUCUACCUCAACUACACCGGGUUUUGACCCUGGAACAAUCACCAGUCUUCAGUCCUUAUUCAUGAAUUCUCUCGCAAUUUGUGCGAUGUUGCCCAAUGUGAUUUUCCAAUUCCUAAAUACUCUGCUACAAAAACGAAUACCUCAAAAUGUGCGAGUUCUUUUUACACUCGGUGCCAUGAUUUUGUUGUUCGUCUUCACCGAAGUACUAGUACGAACUGAUACUUCUACGUGGCAAAAUGAAUUCUUCACCAUCACUCUAAUAUCUGUGGUAUUGAUCAACAGCUUUUCUGCCGUUUUUCAAUCAAGUGUGUUCGGAGUGGCCGCAUGCUUCCCACAGAAGUAUUCAGGAUGUGUUAUGGCUGGACAGGGGAUGGGUGGAGUCUUCGCUGCUCUUGCUAUGAUUGCUGCUCUAGCAUUUAGUAGUGAUCCAACUGACAGUGCAUUCAUAUUCUUCCUCACUGCGAUUGUGGUGCUAGCUUUGACAAUGGUUUUCUACGUCGUACUCAUAAAUCAGGAGUUUUAUAAAUUUUUCGCUCUGGGCUCAUCGAACAAAGAGUAUUUGAAUGACAAAGAUGUAAAACUGAAUACAAGUGGAAAUAACUCCGAGGAAAAACAUCCACUUGCUAUAAAUGGAGAUGAAGGCGAUGAUUCAUGGAUGAAAAGAGAAAUUGAAGAUCGGAAUGGAAUCAAUAAAUAUCCUUCAAGUGAAAGUAGCAUAUCGGCUGAUAUUAAAACUUCUUCAUCCUCUCCCUCGCUGAUGCUUGUUGUGAAAAAGAUAUGGCUACAUAUGUUUUGUGUUGUAUAUACAUUCUUCAUCACAUUGUCCUGCUAUCCUGCCGUAACAGCAAGAAUAAAGUCAAUGUCAUCAGGAACAUCAUGGAAUGAUUUAUACUUCACUCCCGUUUGUUGUUUUCUACUUUUCAAUCUUGCUGACUGGGUGGGACGAACGUCAGCAUCUUAUAUCCACAUUCCGUCAUCAGAUAGCAAAUGUGCACUGCUUUUAGGCGUUCUUGCUCGGACAAUUUUUCCAUUCUUGUUUGCGUUAUGCAACUUUCAGCCACGUUAUCAUCUUCCAGUUUGGUUUGCCAAUGAUGCUUUCUUUAUCGUGUUUAUGAUUUUAUUUGCUUUGUCAAAUGGUCAUCUCAGCACUCUAUGUAUGCAGUAUGGUCCAAAACAAGUGUCACCUGAGAAUGCUGCAACAGCUGGAUCAUUAUUAGCUUUCAUGAUUUCGGUUGGACUUCUCGCCGGUGCUGGGUCAUCAUUUUUAGUUGUUGCUCUAAUUUGAUUCAGCGUGCAUUUUUAUUCAACUGCAAUCUUCAUUCAUUUUUGAGAUCAAAAUAAAUCGUUAGUACCAUU